AUGGACCAGGAGUAUGCUGUCAAGAAGGUCGAGCGCGUGUUCGACCAUCCGAUACUUGCACUUAGAACCCUCCGAGAGGUCCGAUUACUGGCCCACCUGCAGCACCCGAACCUGCUGCGAUUGCACAAGCUGAUACUUGAUGGCCCGGACUUCAAGGAUGCCUAUCUCUGUCUGGAGAGGAUGGAUGGCGACUUGCACUCGCUGAUUCAUGGAUCCAAAAACUUCUUGAACGAUCACCAGGUACAGUGCGUUCUGUACCAGAUGCUUCGAGGAUUACUUUGCCUCCGAUGUGCACAUGUCAUUCACAGAGACCUGAAGCCUGGCAACGUCCUGGUGCGAGCCGGUGGUGAGGUAAAGAUUGGAGACUUGGGCAUGGCUCGAGGGAUUGACUCGGAAGAGGACAACCAUGACGAGAUGAUGCUGACGGAGUAUGUAGUGACGCGACACUACCGAGCACCCGAGGUAGUGCUGACGGCCUCCAUGUACACUUAUGCCGUGGACAUGUGGUCUGCCGGCUGCAUACUCGGUGAGAUGCUCACGCGAAGGUGCAUCUUCGAGGGUAAAGACUCAUUGGAUCAAGUCAGGAAGAUUCUUUGCAUCUUGGGAUUCCAGAAGUCGGAGGACUUGGAUUGGAUUCCGGACUCAAGCCCAGCAAAGAAGUUUGUGCACAUGUGCAACAAAACUGCUCAAGCGAAUGACGAGGGGCUUCGAAAGCUCGUCUCCCACUCUGGCGCGCAGCCUGCCAAUGCCUUGGCAAUUGACAUGCUGGUCCAAAUGCUUCGGCUGGACCCUUUCAGGCGGCUUGCAGUUGAAGACGCUCUGGACCAUGGCUACCUGUCAGCUUUCCAAGCUGCGGAAGACAAAGAAGUCGCCCAUGCAAGAGCCAUUCCUCAAAUGGACUGGUCCUUCGACAGAGCGCUAUGCUUCGAUCAGCAGACCGGGAAAGCAAAAUCCUUUGAGGUAAACGCAUUCCGGCGAGCCUUUCAUGAGGCCCAAGGCCAACUGCAAGGCGACGGUCGUGUGUCACGAGGGUGA